ACUAUGAAAACGCUUGUUUACAUAUCAAAGCGCGAGGGGAGGAAGCACGUGCGCUUCAGUUUGGCGUAUGUGUGUUUCACAUUGACGAUUCAUCUAGUUGAAGGGCACUCAGGAAGAUAGUUCAUCAUGAAGUCGGGGCCCAACAUUCUAAUCACAGGAACACCUGGUGUGGGCAAGUCAACAUUAGCACAGCAACUAGCUGAGAGGUCAGGGCUGGAAUGGAUAAAUGUUGGAGACCUUGCAAAGAACAACAACUUUUUUGAUGGUUAUGAUGAAGAAAGAGGUUGCCCCAUUCUAAAUGAAGAUAAGGUUCUAGACGAGAUGGAAGAUAUGAUGGAAGAGGGAGGAAAAAUUGUUGACUACCAUGGCAGUGAAUUUUUCCCAGAAAGAUUCUUUGACAUAGUCUUUGUCCUUAGAACUGACAAUACUCUGCUGUAUGACAGACUUGCUGCCAGAGGUUACCAAGGAAAGAAAUUGGAAGAAAAUGUUGAAUGUGAGAUAAUGGCAGUUCUUUUGGAUGAAGCAAAAGAUAGUUAUGCAGAACACGUGGUCCAUGAAUUGUUUUCUAACACUCCAGAAGACAUGGAAAGUAAUUUAGAAAAAAUUCUAUUGUGGAUUGAAGCUUGGAAGAAGGAAAACGGGGUUUGAAAUAAAAUAGGUUUGAUAGGUA